UUGGUUUAGCAAUUUCUGCUAUAAAGUGCCACACUCUCUCAGUUCUGAAACCCUAACAUCUUCACUUCUCUCUCUCACAUUCGAAGAUGGCUUCACGCAGACUCGUAUCUUCUCUGAUUCGUUCUUCUCUUCGUAGAUCUUCAUCCAAACCCUCAAUUUCCGCCUCAACAUCGAGACUCACAUCUCAAUCCCGCGCUUCCCCCUAUGGUUACCUUUUGAAUCGUGUCGCCGAUUAUGCAACUGCCGCCGCGGCUGCUACAGCACCAUCUACUCCUCCGGCGAAGAAGGAGGUUCCCGGAGGUGGUAAAAUCACCGAUGAGUUUACUGGUAAAGGUUCGAUCGGACACGUUUGCCAAGUUAUUGGUGCCGUCGUUGACGUUAGAUUCGAGGAGGGUUUGCCUCCGAUCUUGACCGCUCUUGAGGUUUUGGAUCAUACUUCACGAUUGGUGUUGGAAGUUGCACAGCAUUUAGGUGAAGGUGUUGUAAGAACUAUUGCUAUGGAUGCCACUGAAGGAGUUGUUAGAGGAUGGCGCGUGCUCAACACUGGAUCUCCUAUCAGUGUUCCUGUUGGUAGGGCUACCCUUGGUCGUAUCAUGAAUGUUAUCGGAGAACCUAUUGAUGAAAAGGGCGAAUUCAAAACCGAGCACUAUUUGCCCAUUCACAGAGAAGCUCCUGCUUUUGUUGAGCAAGCAACUGAGCAAGAGAUCCUUGUUACCGGUAUCAAGGUUGUUGACCUGCUUGCACCAUACCAAAGGGGAGGAAAGAUCGGGUUGUUUGGUGGUGCCGGUGUAGGAAAGACUGUGCUUAUUAUGGAGCUUAUCAACAAUGUUGCUAAGGCUCAUGGUGGUUUCUCUGUGUUUGCUGGGGUUGGAGAACGAACCAGAGAGGGUAAUGACUUGUACAGAGAAAUGAUUGAGAGUGGGGUCAUUAAGUUGGGUGAUAAACAGAGUGAAAGCAAAUGUGCCCUUGUGUACGGUCAAAUGAAUGAGCCCCCUGGUGCUCGUGCCCGUGUUGGUCUUACUGGACUUACUGUUGCUGAACACUUCCGUGAUGCUGAAGGACAAGAUGUGCUUCUUUUCGUUGACAACAUUUUCCGCUUUACUCAAGCUAACUCAGAGGUGUCUGCCUUGCUUGGUCGUAUUCCAUCUGCUGUUGGUUACCAACCAACAUUGUCUACCGAUCUUGGAGGUCUUCAAGAGCGUAUUACAACCACCAAGAAGGGUUCAAUUACCUCUGUCCAAGCUAUCUAUGUGCCUGCCGAUGACUUGACAGAUCCUGCUCCGGCUACCACAUUUGCUCACUUGGAUGCUACAACAGUGUUGUCAAGACAGAUCUCUGAGCUUGGUAUCUAUCCUGCUGUGGAUCCAUUGGAUUCAACAUCUCGUAUGCUUUCUCCACUUAUUUUGGGUGAUGAGCACUACCAAACUGCUCGUGGUGUACAACAAGUUCUUCAAAAUUACAAGAAUCUUCAGGAUAUCAUUGCAAUUUUGGGAAUGGAUGAGCUCAGUGAAGAUGAUAAAUUGACUGUUGCACGUGCCCGUAAAAUUCAACGGUUCUUAAGCCAGCCUUUCCAUGUGGCUGAAGUUUUCACUGGUGCCCCAGGCAAAUAUGUUGAGUUGAAGGAGAACACUCAAAGUUUCCAGGGUGUGUUGGAUGGCAAAUACGAUGACCUUUCAGAACAGGCAUUUUAUAUGGUUGGUGGUAUUGAUGAAGUCAUUGCCAAGGCAGAGAAGAUUGCCAAGGAAUCAGCAACAUAAUCACACACCCAUCUCAUUUUGUUCUUUAUCUAUAAUUGCGAAAAUUUAAUAAUUUAGGAUCUCUUUCUUGGCAAUGCCAAACAACAAAAUUUUCCGUUUUGAAAUUUUAUAACUUGAAUGGUCAUUCCUUUCAUUUUGAGUGUUGUUGCCGACGGUGCGUUGUGUUAUUUAAUAAAUGGAAGAUGCAAGAGGAUGUACAUUUUUACUUGUUCAGAACGUUGGAUGCAUCAAUGUUCAAAUUUAGAACUGGUUCAUGUGUUGUGAAGCACAAUUCUGUUUCAAUGUUGAAUUUUUCGACAGUACAAAAAUAUUCUGAAUAUCCAUUUAUGCUAAUCUUAAUCUCAGUUAUAAAAUUUGAAGUUUAUUA